AUGUGGUGCUUGCUGAAGGCUCAGUCAGUGGAACUUUUUGGAGCCUGUGAUGUGAUUUGUGAUGCACUUUCACAGCAUAUGCACCGAGAGACAACUUUUGAUGAUAUCCUCAUAAAUGCAUAUGGGUUUUUUGUUCCUUCGCUCGUGCUCGUCAGCUGCCUGGGCAUCUGCUCACCUGCGCUGAGACCCGACGCCGACGGCAUCCACGUCGGGAACAUGCCGUACGUCCUCAGGGCUAUCUCCGUCGUCUCCAUCGGCGGAACACCUUCAACGUCGACGUCAACUGCGUCCCAGACUCCCAGUGUGGCCACACGAUCACCUCCUCUCCUUUCCUCCCCUCUCUCUCUCUCUCCAUGUCGACCGAGGAGGAGGGGACGGAAACCUCUCGUCUCAGCCCGCCUGGCUCACGCGCAGCUCGCCCGGCCGACCUCGCGGGGCCCGCCCGGGGUCAAUGGCAGGUGGGCCGCGCGCUCCCCGGGCCCACGCACGAGACGUGGGGUAGGGUGGUUUAAGUACUCCCGGGAGAGGAGAGGCGCAUCUUCUCCGCAUGUUCUCUGCGCUCUCAGGUCUCCUCUGUCCUCUGCUUCCUCUUCCUUCCUCCUCCCGCGGCCACACCAGUUGAGCUGCGGCGGCGGCUGCAGGAUUCCGGGCUUCUCGGAGCCGCCGGGAACCGCGUACGAGGAUCCAGUUGCCUGCGCGAGCUGCUGCAUGAGCACCAUGGCGUGGUAUCCGCUGCCGCAGAGUGGAGCCGCGCUGUCGGCUGGCGACGAGUUCCUCGAGAACCAGAGCGCCGGCUGGUCGCUGUGGAGCUUCACCUCCUCCGACGAUCACGACGCAGCCGCCGCGUACCCAGAAACGCAUGGAAGCGGCGCCGCGCCUUCAGAGGAGGGUUCGCGCAGGAGCCAGUUUUCAGACGAGGAGAUGCGGCGGAUGGACGCCCCGUUCGAGGCACUGGACAUGUUCCCGGACUCCAUGCACCGGCUCCUGUCCUACGAGGACAUGCUCAGCGGCGUGCUCACCGGUAGUUCGUCGGGGGAUGGGGAGGUGAAGCUGGAACGGGACGGGGUGGACGCCAUGGACACCUGCGGCUUCCCUCUGUUCAGCCACGACCUGCAGAACGCGGAGCCCAACGGCAGCGAGGAGAUGCUAGCAGAUACCCUGUCCAUGGAUAAGGAUGGGAUGGGCACGGUGAAGAGGAGCAGAUCGUUCGCUGAUGACGAGAGCGCGGGGGGCUUCAAUUUCGAGUCGCUGGUGCUUGAGGAACUCGAGGACGUGGUGUUCCAGCUGACCAAGAAGACGCGGAUCUGCUUCCGGGACGCCUUCUUCAGGAUGGCUGAAACCUCAUCGAAUGCCAGGUGCGGCUCCAGGAUCCCGGCAGCAGCGGAUUGUUGCCCGGAGCGCGCGACGAACGCGAUCGACAGGACGGUGGCGGACCUGACGAUGAGGCCGCCGAGCCCCGCUCCUCUCCAGGACCACGGCAGCUGCUUCGACGGCGGCGGCUCAGGGGCGGAGGCACAGUCCACGACCGGCUGGACGGCGACGGCGUAGGAGGAGAGACUGGCAGACUGGUUGAUCCUUUUCCCAGCUGCUACGAUGGCCAUGUUUGCGAAAGCUGCAAUAGCUUGCUAGAUGCAGAGAUUUGUACACACUGCUGCGACAUCUUUUUUCCCCCCUAAUUAUUCAUCAGAGAUUACGAUCAGAGGAAGAUCAUACGUAACUAGCUAUAGCUAGCCGCCGUUCUUUACCGUUUGUAUGUGUGGUUGUCUGGAUCCCAUGCCCGAUUCUGACAGUAAAACACUAGCGACAUUUGUUUAAAAUGCACUGCAAUACUUAUUGUAUGCCCCGGUCCCUCGUCUUGUUUCCUGUGUGUUUAACGAAGGUUCAGGUGAUUCAAGGCUCAA